AUGUUGUGUGUGGGCGUGGCCGGGACGGCAUCUGACGCUGCGAACGCGCUGCUCAUCAAACAUCCCCACUCGUCCUCUCCGUUCUGCUCCCGUUUCUCCGUCCUCGACCCUCCAGCCCCCCUCGCCUGCCUCUGCCGCCCUCGCCGCUGGCUGUGUGGUGCAGCCCGCCGCGCCGCCGCCGCCGCGGCCGCGGCUGUAUUUUUUGCGCGGGGCGCGAGUGCAUUUCGGUGGGUGGCGGAGGUAGGCGCGUGCGUGUUCCCGAAGGAGGGACGCUGUUCUGUUCUGGAACUGGGAGACUCGGAAUCGCAGGACUUCUUCACGCAGACGGCAACGCCCGCAGGCCAUCGCUCCCCUACUCUGACCUGGGACUGGGUCUCCGCCUCACGCCCGUUCCCGCCCCCACCUUGGCCAGUCGCUCCCACCGCGCCCCCUCACAGCCCCUCGCACCCAGACCGCCAGACCGCCAGACCGUCGCCAGUCCGGUUCACCGUCCCGUGCCUGUGCCGAAUGCAGACCCACGGCAGCCAGCCCACCCCCCGCAGAGCCUUCCCAGCCACCCCCCACCCCCCAUCAGCCACGCUCCCUCGACGACGCCUCGAAUCCCGCCUGCCCCUCCCCCUCCUGAACACCGCCAACCCUGAUAGCUGCCACGCCCUUAUCCGCGCCCCGCCGUACGUACCCACCCCCAUCCAGCGCCUUCUCGGAACCCGAGCCCUCCCCGUCACGCGAUCGUCCCUUCCUCCUGGGGCUCCCGGUCUCCUUCCGCGGACCGCGACCCAGCACAGUCCAUCCCACUUGCUACUGCCCCCGUCCCGAGACCCUCGCCGUCCCUCCAGAUCCCUUUAUGCGCCUGUUCUUCACGCACGCACGCACGCACGCUCGCUCUCCGUCCCUCUCCCGUCCCCCGCCUUCUGUCCCCGCUCCACCCCGCACCCCCCCGUCCAAUCACAACCCACCCUGCGCGCCUACCUCCACUCAUUUCCGCGCCCCACGCUUCUGAGAGCCCGCCCUCUGCCCUCUGCCCUCAUCCUCCCCUCUCAGCACACACGCUCCGUGGCCACCACCUCCGUCACCUCCUUCUUCUGUCCCCGCCCGUCCUUGGCAUCAAACGCCUUCCCUCGGGCUCCUGCGCGCGCGAACAGCACUCAGCCCGCGUCUAGCCUAGCGCCCAGCGGGUGCUAUCCCGCGGCGCCAACCACCAGCGCGCCCAGAUCAGAUCACCUCGCCUCAGCACGGAUCAGAUCAGACCCUUCCCCCAUCUUUCUUCUCCGUGGCCACACGGCGGGUCCCGCGCCACCUACGCACAUGCACAGGACACGCACAGAGCACAACAGGGCGGGGUAG